AUGUCCAUUCUCACCCCAGAGACCGUCCUCCUCAUAACGGAGGAACUCCAACUUCGCGACAUCCCGGGCUCUGAUGAACACAUCGCGGUCGAACAGGAAGCUCAUCAAUUCCAGCCGCUCGAUAGGCCCGUCAGUUCGUCACUAGACGUGAACCGCACUAUUCUCGGUCCGACAAACUUCGAGGUUGUGCGUGAAGUUGAGCGUCGAACGGCUAUGUUUUGCAAGAUAUUAAACCCCGAAAAAGCGACCACAUUCGAGAGGCUCCUUGCCCCCAUGGUCACGGAUAUAUUUAGGACGAGCUUAGAACUUGGGGGGGCGACCAUCCUUGUAAGGCUUCUUGCCCCCAUCAUCACGGACCGCUUGUUCCGGAAUGUCAUUCCAGGGUCGCUGCUCCGUUUCCUCGGCCACUUCGGGGAGACUCUGCAGCUUAUGGACCGCAUAAGGGACUGCGAGGCAACCGUUCGACACGAGUUUGCGCUUGACCCGACACCGCCCUACCCGGACUUCGGCAAAGACGGCCUCAACCGAGUUAUUCACAGGGCUCGCCAGAACCUCAUCGCCGCAUUGAGCCCUCUAGAUCUGGCCUUCCUUCACCUAGUCACUACACUCCUCGGCUUGCCGGACCGAGCACCUUCGACGGCAGACGACGACUCCUUAAUCCCCCAUUCCCCAUGCAACAAAGAGGUGCUGCUCCAGACCGGCAGCAUGGGCGUGUAUCUUUUUCUCGGUGACAAUGCCAAGAACGUCUACGACGCCGGCCUUUUCGGCGUAAUCAUUAGAGCGGCCCUCGACAUGGCCAAGUGGGAUUCGGAUGAGAAGUCGCAAGCGCCCGACUGGUCUCCCACCGCCGCGCUAGAGCCCCUGAAGUACUUGGUGCGCAGGACGUUUGGGGAGAAACUGGAGCGUCUUCCUGAGCAGCAUCUCAAGGCGUUAGCAGAUGCCCCAGAGGACGACAUAGUCACUCGCACGAGCAAUCGUUUGAAGGACACACCAGAGGUUCUGGCUCAUCCAUCGGUGGCUUAUUACGCAGGACGAAGCUUUGGAAGAACGGCCACCCAUUCCGCAGGAAUCCUGGAAAGAGUUGUUCGCUUGGGCCGUGACCCAGAACCCGUCUCCCAAGGACCCCGCCGAAUAAUCUCGCUCUCCCUCAACACGAGAGCCACGCGUUCUUUUUGGCAGCACCUUCCCUCAAGCCUGUCUGGGGUCUUACUAAAGGCCCGGUAUUCUAUCAUGUAA